AUGUUGGUGAGCAAGAUGAUGUGCCUUCGCUCCGCUGUGCGGAGAGCUUCCACCAAGCCCCUCCGAUCCAUCUCCGCACCACACACCGUCUCUCCCCUUCGCGGUGUUGUCGCCCGUGCUGCCUCAACUCCCCUGCGCCAGGACCGUGCAUACUCUCGUGCGGCCGACCCUCACCUGCACUCAACCCGGAACACCGUUGUUCAGCUACUGAGCAAUAUCGGCUCUAAGCGUGAGGUCCAGCAGUACCUUUCUCACUUCACCUCCGUCUCGUCCCAGCAGUUCGCUGUUAUCAAGGUCGGUGGUGCUAUUAUUACCGAGCAUCUGCAGACUUUGUCCUCCGCGCUCGCUUUCUUGAACCAUGUCGGCCUCUACCCGAUCGUCGUCCACGGUGCUGGUCCCCAACUGAACCGUAUGCUUGAGGCUGCCGGUGUGGAGCCCCAAUUCGAGGAUGGAAUCCGUGUGACUGAUGGUAAGACUUUGGCGCUUGCUCGCAAGCUGUUCCUUGAGGAGAACAUGAAGCUGGUGGAGGAGCUGGAGCGUAUGGGUGUGCGUGCCCGUCCUUUGACUGCGGGCGUUUUCUCCGCCGACUACCUGGACAAGCCUAAGUAUAACUUGGUGGGUAAGAUCAAUGGUGUCGACAAGAAGCCUAUUGAGUCUGCAAUCGCUGCGGGCUGUCUUCCUAUUUUGACUUCCAUGGCCGAGACUCCCGAUGGACAGGUCCUGAACGUCAAUGCGGACGUUGCUGCCGGUGAAUUGGCCCGUGCUCUGCAGCCGCUGAAGAUCGUUUACCUCGCUGAGAAGGGCGGUCUAUUCAACGGUGACACUGGCGAGAAGAUCUCUGCCAUUAACCUGGAUGAGGAGUAUGAGCACCUCAUGAAUCAGUGGUGGGUGCGCCACGGUACUCGUCUUAAGAUCAAGGAGAUGAAGGACCUUCUCAGCGACCUUCCUCGUUCUUCCAGCGUGGCUAUCAUCCACCCUGGUGAUUUGCAGAAGGAGCUGUUCACUGACUCUGGUGCUGGUACCCUGAUCCGUCGCGGUAACAAGAUCCACGUCAAGACCGCUCUUCCUGAGUUCGAGGACCUGCAGGCUCUGAAGGAUGUUCUGGUUCGUGACCGUGAAGGCCUGGAUGCCCGUGCGGUUGUUGACCGUUACGUUGACGGCCUGAAGGAUGUUGACUUCAAGGCCUACUUUGAUGACCCCAUGGAGGCUCUUGCCGUUGUUCUGCCUCCCCAGCAGAACUCUUUGAUCGCUCAGAUGGCUACUUUCACCAUCACUAAGUCCGGCUGGUUGACUAACGUUGCCGACAACGUUUUCUCCAGCGUCAAGAAGGACUUCACCAAGCUGGCUUGGACUGUCAAGGAGGACGACGAGAACCUGACCUGGUUCUUCGACAAGGCCGAUGGAAGCCUGAGCCGUGACGGCGAGGUUCUGUUCUGGUAUGGUGUCGAGGAGGGUGAGGAGGUUAAGCAGCUGGUUCAGGAGUUCACCAAGAACGGCCGCCAGAUGUUCGGCGACAUCAACCUUGAGUCCCGUCUUCACCGCGCUCACCAAGCUGCUUCCCUGCCCAAGGGAUUUGGCGCCAGCGGUGCCUCUGCUGAGCAGAAGCGUGCUUUCUCUUCCGCCUCUAACGUUCUGCGUGCUACCCGUGCCGUGCGCCCCGCCGUUGCCGUCAAGGGUAUCCGCUCUUACUCCACCAACCCUAACCCCCCUCUUGGUGAGAAGAACGCCUCCAACUCAGCCCCCGCCAAGAUCGCUCUGAUUGGUGCUCGUGGCUACACAGGCCAGGCUCUGAUCAGUCUGCUCAACGCCCACCCCAACAUGGAUCUUCGUCACGUUUCAUCGCGUGAGCUCGCUGGUCAGAAGCUCAAGGGUUACGACAAGCGUGAGAUCAUCUACGAGAACCUCAGCCCCGAUGAUGUUCGCAAGAUGUCUGCCAACGGUGACGUUGACUGCUGGGUUAUGGCCUUGCCUAACGGUGUCUGCAAGCCCUUCGUCGAUGCCGUCGAUGAGGGUGCCGACAAGGGCAACGUUAUCAUUGACUUGAGUGCCGACUACCGCUUCGACUCUAAGUGGACCUACGGUCUUCCCGAGCUCGUCGACCGCUCCAAGAUUGCUCGUGCUACCCGUAUCGCCAACCCUGGAUGCUACGCUACCGCCGCUCAGCUUGGAAUUGCUCCUCUCGUCCCCUUCCUCGGUGGUCAGCCUACCACCUUCGGUGUCUCCGGCUACUCCGGUGCUGGAACCAAGCCCAGCCCUAAGAACGACGUCAACUUCCUCACCAACAACCUCAUUCCCUACAGCUUGACUGACCACAUCCACGAGCGUGAGAUCAGCGCUCAGCUGGGUACCAGCGUCGCGUUCAUUCCCCACGUCGCUGUCUGGUUCCAGGGUAUCUCCCACUCUAUCAGCAUCCCCCUGGCUAAGGAGAUGACCUCUCGUGAGAUUCGAAACAUCUAUCAGGACCGCUACGCCGGUGAGAACCUCGUCAAGGUCAUUGGCGAGGCCCCUCUCGUUAAAGAUAUUGCUGGCCGUCACGGUGUUGACAUUGGCGGCUUCGCUGUUCACUCCAGCGGCAAGCGCGUGGUUGUCUGUGCUACCAUUGACAACCUCCUCAAGGGUGCUGCCACUCAAUGUCUCCAGAACAUGAACUUGGCUCUGGGUUACUCCGAGUACGAGGGUAUUCCUCUGGACUAA